UCAUAACCAUGCUACUAAAGUUCGUGUUCGUAGCGAUCACGGCGUGAAGAAUCCUCUACACCGUGGUAGUAAUAUAGGAACUAAUUUAAUUAUUUGCAAAAUUAGAAUGUUUGAUAGGAGUCAUUGGGAAUCCUUUUAAACGGUGACCACAGUAGUUUUUGAAGUCGUUAAUGCUAUACUUUACUGCUUGAAAUAUUUCAAUUUCGAAUUAUUUUAAUUGCUUAACGUUCAUGUUCAGUUUCUAUGAUAAUAAUUUAACUAGUUAUAGUUGUAAUAUUUGAUUUAUAAAUACCAUACCUGAUCAGUACUGAUGCACAAUACAUUUUAAAUAAAUAUUUUUGUUCAAAGUUUUAAUACUUUGUAAAAAUGUUGUUUUCCUGGGAACGUAUGAUGGAUAUUUUAAUCCAUCACAGUAUGAAUAGUAGUUUUAUGGAAACAUUUAAUCGUGCUGCUAGAAAUGAAAAAGUAACUGUCUGUUCGCUAGAUGAUUAUAUCAGUGGUUGUUUGGGAAGAUGGUUAGACAGUCCCGAGUUUGACAUUAGUCUGAAAAGCUCUGCCAAAUCUGAAAAGACUCGAUUAGAUGCUAAUGAAGAAUUCAAAAAGAAUCGGCUGGAUUUAUGCUGCAAACUUUAUACCAAAGCAGCUCAGUUUGCUCCACAUCAAAGUUUAGAACUGGCAUUAUCAUUUUCUAAUCGUUCAGUUGUGUACAUGAAAUUAAAAAAAUUUGAGGACUGUGUGAAAGACAUAAAUGCUACAUUAAAAUUGUUAGAAAAUACUAAUAGUAGUGAAAAAGGAGUUGACAAAAAUCAAUUGACUGUAAAACUUAUGAAACGUAAAAUUGACUGUUUGAUAGCUUUAAAGCAGUUUGUUGAAGCUCAAAAUUGUUGGGAAAGUUUGUUGAAAAUAUCUAAAGAUGAUUUUAAAAUAACUUUAGAGGAUGAAUUUAUUAAAAAGUGUAACAUUUUAUCUGAUCACAAAAAUAAUGACUCAAUUAAAGUUGAUACUAUAGAAGAUAUUGAUGAAAUUAAUCAGCCCACAAUGUUAACAGAAGAUAUUAUUAAAAAUUCAUUGGAAAAAAGUAAUAUAACUCUUCCAUUUCAGUCUUCCAAACUAAAACUAUGCUACACAGAAGAUAAAGGAAGGCAUUUAGUUGCAUCAGAAAAAAUUAAUUAUGGUGAACUUCUUAUAUUUGAAAAUCCAUUUGCAUUUGUGUUACUGCCAGACUAUUAUGAUUCAUUUUGUUAUAACUGUUGUGUUCCACUACAAUAUUACUCAAUCCCUUGUAACUAUUGUUGUACAAUAUUAUUUUGUGGUGAAAAAUGUCGUCAAGAAUCUUGGGACUCAUAUCAUCGUUGGGAAUGUAAACAAGGGACAUCGAUUUUCAAAAGAAUUGGUAUUGCCCAUCUUGCAUUACGUCUAACAUUUGAAACAUUACAUUCAAACCGCAAAAAUGAUAAAAUAUAUAAUCUUGUAACUCAUAUUGAAGAUUUUAAAUCACAGGCGUUAUUCCAAUUUAGUCUGACUGCCACUCUUUUGCUUUUAUUUUUGCAAAAAAAAACAGACUUUUUUCAAACCCACCCAGAGCUAGUUCCAGAUUUGGUGGGUAAUGAAUUAUUACAACACAUGACACGAUUAGUGUGCAAUGGAAAUGCUAUUUCAACUCAUAUGUUGUCAGAUUAUGAUUCUGAGUCUAUAAUUUCAAUUAUUGAUGAAUCACAACCACGUAUUGGAACGGCCAUAUUUCCUACUUCAAGUUUGUUAAAUCAUUCAUGUGAUCCAAAUAUAUUUUCAAGUAAUAUACUUAAGUAUGUGGUCAUUAAAGCAUCAAGGGAUAUUGAAAAAGGAGAAGAAGUAACUAAUUGUUAUGGGCCUAAUUUUCGACGCAUGAAAUUAGUUGAGAGACAAGCUAUAUUAAAAUCGCAAUAUCAUUUUGACUGUAAAUGUUGUAUUUGCAUUGAUCCACGUAAAGAUAAGUUUUUUCAAAUAGUUGAAGGACUUGUAUGUCCAUUGUGUAACACUGAGAUUGAAGCAACUUUGUCAGAUUUAGAUAUUAGUGACUCGGUUAAUUGUAAUUUGUGUCCUACUGAAAGAUUUAGAUCUAUAGACAUUAAACGGCGUUUAAUCAAAGCAGAAAAAACCUAUAAUAAAGGAAUGAAACAACUUGAAGAAAAUAAUAUUUUAAAAGCUGUUGAUAUUAUCUCUGAAAGUUUACGACUUUACAGCCUGAUCGUAAAUAAAAAGAACUCAAAUAUUGCAAAAUGUGAAGACAGUUUAGCAAAAUGUUUUGCUAUAAUAGGUGACUUUGAGAACUGUUACUUGCAUUUGAAUAGACGUUUUAAAACAAUAGAAGAAUGCUAUGGGAAAAAUAGCUUAGAAGUUGCUUAUGAAUUGGAAAAAAUAUCAGAUAUAAUGGUCAAUAAUAUGGACAUAAGACAAAACUGGCGUUUAAUUCAAAAAGCUUUAGUAUUCGUUCGCCGAUCAAAGGAAAUAUUCCAUGCUAAUUUAUCGGCAUGGGACAUACCUUACAGUGAAUCAGCUGUAGCGAAUGUAAGGUGUAAAGAAAAUCUAUUACUUCAGUUUAUGGAAGGUAUACCUCAAGAUCAAAGAAUUAAUUACAAAAAUUAAGGUUACUAUGAAAAUAUAAAAAUGUAUGUAUUAAUGUAUUAAUU